AUGCAGCCUUACGUCAACUACAGAGAGUUUUGUACAGACAGGAAGUACAAGUCAUUUGAGGACCUUGAAGACGCUAUCAGUCCUGAGCGUAUUUACCGCCUCAGGCGGCUAUACAAGGAUGUGGAGGACGUAGAAUUGAUGAGCGGCUUAUGGGUUGAGAAAUACGUCGCAGGUGGAAUGGUCCCUCAUACCAUAUACUGCCUGUUGGCCGACCAACUGAAACGGUCAAUCAUAUCAGACAGGCACUGGUAUGAAAGCUCGACCAGACCACACGCUUUUACUUUGGAACAAUUACAAUCAAUACGCAAGACGACCAUUGCUGGUGUCUUGUGUGCUGUGGGUGAUGAAGUGACGGAAAUACAACCUGCUGCCUUCCAAAGCAUAUCAAACAAGAAUCCUUUAACGAAAUGCAGUUCAUCGGACAUUGGAGCACUGGAUCUGUCUGCUUGGGAAGAUCCGAUGUGCAGCUAA